UGUUCACAUUAUCCGAUCGCCUAAAUUGCGCUGAGUCAGCCCUUAGGUCGUUUCCGUCGGUACCCUAUGUAGAAAGUUCCCGGUGCACCUUUUCAGCCCUCCUUCAUGUCGUGAUCAAUCUAAUCUUUACGACGGUUAGUCUUUCAUUACAUCGUUUUUUGCCUAAAGUGUGUCACAUUAGCAUCGUCGCCAGCCACUCCAAAUAGCUUCACUGCUUAAUCUCGGGCCACGAUGAUCAUCAUGGAGGAACAAUCUGGAACAAUGUUUCGACUUACACUCUCUCAAUUCACCGUCAAGCCACUUCAACUUCAGGUUAUCCCGUCAGAGCUUCACUUUUCGCUUAACCCUCAUUCCGGAGCCUGUAUAAAUCGCGUAAGGUCGCUCAUUGGAUCAGACGUGAACAUGAAACACAUCCGCUUAUACCUCACUGCAAUUCUACAUAUGUAUCAUGGGCUUUCCAUUGCCGUGUUCCAUCGUCAUAGAGCCCGUCUCGAAUGCGUAUUUAAACCCACCAUUCGAUUUUGAAGAAUCUUUCCUACAAAAAGUGACAUUCUAUCAAACUCAAGCUCAUUCACAUAGCAA